UCUGAGUCUCAUGAGGAAGGCAUCUUCAACCUAUCCUUACUACGACUCUAUUCUCUUACUACUAUUCCUCUUCUACAUGCAGAAUACCGGUGCUUACGGCUCCUACAGCCAUAGCUGUAACCCAAACGAUCUCGGAGCAUUGUAUGGUUUAUCACGCAGCCUCGUCACCCAAAUCCACGACUGGCCGCUUGCCGAUGCUAAUUUACACCAACUGUUGCAGUUGGCCAGGAGUCUAUUGUGCUCUAUUCUCUUCUUCCCCGAUCUCCUCUUCGUCCUCUACCAAUUCUAGCGUGCUCAGUGUCACGAGAGUCGUCGGUCUUGAUUUAUCCGGGAAGGGUCUUGAAGGGGUUCUAUCGACGUCCAUGGCUGUUUUGGACAAGCUGAGCUUCCUCAACCUCUCCUACAAUUCAUUCCGAGGCCCCAUCCCGCCGGAGCUGUUCCACCUGAAGCUCUUGAAGGUGCUCGAUCUAGGCAGAAACCGCUUGUCAGGCAAGCUGCCACUGGGUAUAGCAAACCUCACAAGCCUCCACCAUUUGGAUGUCUCUGACAACAGAUUCACCGGGAACAUUCCUGACGUGUUUCACGGCCUGCAAAACCUCGAGGUUUUCUCAGCUAAAUCCAAUGGUUUUGUGGGUCGAUUGCCCGCGUCGUUGUCCUUGUGUUCGAUGCUUACGUCUCUUGAUCUAUGGAACAAUUCUCUCGGCGGUAGCAUCGACCUCGACUUCGGACGAUUAGUCCGUCUUACCACGCUCAACCUUGGAUACAAUAGAUUACAAGGGCUCAUCCCGGAGGUUCUCUUUUCUUGCAAGGCAUUGAACAUCUUGAAUUUGUCUCUCAACAAAUUAAGUGGACAGGUUCCCAAGAAGUUUAGCAACCUUCGAUCCCUCUCCUACCUGAAUCUGAAUGGAAAUAGUCUCUCAAAUAUUUCGGAGGCACUGCAAGUUCUCCAAGAGUGCCAUAACUUGACAGUGCUUGGUUUGGCCCAAAACUUCCAAGGUGAAGAAAUGCCGGGGCACGGAAUCCGAGGGUUUCCAAACCUACGUUCUCUCACCGUGGGAAACUGUGGUUUGACAGGUUCAAUCCCCUCGUGGUUAAGAAAUUGCAGAGAGCUUAGAGGUGUGGAUCUAUCAUCUAAUCAUCUGAGCGGAGAGAUACCGUCGUGGUUCGGAGGUUUUGAUCAUCUCUUUCGCUUGAUCUUGUCAAACAACUCGUACUAUGGGGAGAUCCCAGUCUCCUUGACAGAACUGAAGAGUUUGACUUCAGGGGUAACCCUCCUGCAGGAUGACGAUUCUUCCCCUGAGACGCCAUUGUUUUACUGGUAUAGAAGUAAGCCGAUCGAUGCGGCAUUCAUCUACAACAGUUACACGCAUUUCCCACCAGCAUUGGACUUGAGUCAUAACAGAUUGAAUGGAUCAAUUUGGAAAGAGUUUGGGAAUUUGAAGUAUCUUCAUCUGUUGGAUUUAAGCUGGAACAACUUCUCAGGUUCUAUUCCUGAGCAGCUAUCAAGCAUGGUCAACUUGGAGAGUGUAGCUUACAAUCAUUUGCAAGGAGUAAUUCCAAGUGGAGGUCAGUUCUCGAGCUUCCCCUGUUCAAGUUUCGAAGGAAAUCCCGGCCUCUACAGUAAUUCCAUGCUUUUCUGCAACUCAACUCUGAGUGGAGCAAACCACAAGGAAGACGAUGAUGAUUACGACGAAGACAAAUUCGUCUUCUUUGGAGUUCCAUUUGCAGUUGGAUUGAUAGUCGGUUUUCUGCCCACGCUUUACCUUUUAAUGUGCUGGUGGGAUCAGAACUACGAGUAUGAUUAAGAAGAAGAAAAUUGAAAGGGCAAGCUACCAACCAUGUUAAAAGCCUUGUUCGAUUUCCAUGGAUGCAAUGUCACAAAACGUACAUUGGGUUGGGACUGUUGUACAAAAUGCAGUACAAGAGAUUUAAAUAAAGAA